AUGGAAAUUCUUUUAUAUGAUGUUAGUGAUAACCCCACGCCAAGAUGCCUUGACAAUACUGCUCGAAUUACGGUAAUGGGAGAGCAUGGCAGUGGUAAGACUACAUUAAUAACGAGGUGGCUGCGAAAUAUGUUCAUCCAAGUUGACCAAGGAGAUUAUGAUAUUUACACCACUCAUGUUGCUAGACAAAACAUACACCAGUACGACCACGAAAUCAAUGCUGCUCUAUCGAAGACCAAGUCCGAGAUGCUCGCUAAGAAUCCGAGUGAUGAAAAUAUUACACCUGCUAUGACCAGGGCUAGUAGUUACAAGAACAGACAUCCCUUGAAAGUCCAGAUUCUGGAUGCUGAGCCGGUUGAGAUUGGCGAGUAUUCAGACUUAAGAAACAUGCAAAUCGAGCAAUCCGAUGCUUUCAUCCUUUGUUUUGAUUGUGCGGAUAGUAAUGCUGUUGAUGAACUUCGAGGCUAUAAACGUAAGAUAGACUCAAUCCGUGGGAAUGCUUUGAUCAUGUUGUGCUGCACAAAAGUAGACCUUUCCGCCGAACGUGUGUUUGGUAUCGAGGAGACCCAGGAUAUUCUUGAAAAACUGAACAUCUCACCAUCUGAUUACUACGAGGUGUCUUCAAAGCAUGCGAUUGGUACUGAAAGAUUGCUUUACAGAACCUUGGCACACAUUGAGGAUUGUAAGACUUCGGAGCGUAUCGAUAUGGUCAAGAACAGUAUCGCUACUAGCGAAGAGGAAAAGAGCAGCACCGAUAGUGUAUCAACAGAGACACUCAAGGAAGAUGAGAAGAAAACUCGAGGCCGUCUAUUACACCCUAGAGCUAUUCGUAAGCUCUCACAUAAUGACUCACCCGCACAACAGCAAUGUUGUUGCAUAAUGUAA